AUGGAUUCCCAUCUGCACCCGCAUACCGGGAGCCCCGACCCGGCGCUUCAGGUACCCUUUCCUAGCAUUCCAACGCACUUCCGUGCCCCGGUCUCCCUGCGCUGCUGUUGUGGUCGCGAGGACUGCGCGCUGCUCGAGCAUAAUCAUGUCGCGCUCGAGGGGCUGGAGAAGGACCUUGAAACGGCCGCUAGACUAGGCCAGGCUCUACUUCACCGUCAUGAAAGCUAUAUAGCCGAGGCGGAAGAGGAUCGCCAACGGCUUGAAGCGAGCGUGGAUGCGUUGGAGCGCGAAAAGUACCGGGUCCAGGAGGAGAAUACGCGAAUCGUCGAGGAAAAUCGCGCCCUACUGGAACAGCUCGAGGGUCUGAAUAAGGCUGUCUCCGAAGCCGAUGAGCAUGUGCUGUCACUCACCAGGACACUAGAAAGCACGCAGGCGGAACUGCGCCGUGUGACUGUCGCUGCGGCGCGUGCUGCUGACCUCGAGGCUCAACUGGUGCUUAUGGAGACGGAACAGUCAAGGCUGGAGGAUAAGAUAUCCUCAGUACAGGAAGAUGAGAGAUCCGCCGUGCAGCGAUGGAAGAGUGCCGAGAUUACGCUGCGCGAUCUCCAUGAUCAGGUUGAGCGCAUUGAAGCUGAAGCGCGAGAGGAGCGUGAGCAACACCAGGAACUCAUUCAGCGGCUCGAGCGCAAACGAGCCGUCGAACGCGAGCUUGAUAAUGCAGCCGGGCGCCUUAAGGGCGCGGCCGCUGCGUCCGAGCUUAGUCGCAAUCCUGGUACGCAUGUUGUCUCACGCUUCGUCAAGGACAUCUUGCAGGAUAACGCGAACCUGCAAGUGGGGAUCAUGGAGCUGCGCGAGAUGCUGGAGAGCUCUAACCAAGAGGUGCAAAAUCUACGUGAACAGAUCCACACCCACCAACCGCUGGCCGGCAUUGACGGGGAUGAGCACACGGAGCCACUUCCAUCCACCACCCUCAGCGAAGAGCUCGAAUCGAAGGAACGUCGGGUCUCGCAGGAAUUCCACAUUCAUCAUCAUUUCCAUACGCCAAUAUCCUCCAAGAAAGACAAGGGCUCGCUCAAUCGUCGCGUCAAGAAGCGACGGCCUGCUCUUGGAAGCCCCGUUCCUCUUCAUUCCGCCAUGGGCACUCACUCCCCUCGUCGUUCUAUCCAUCGCUCGCAAUCCUCCGGCUCAUCAAUGAACACCAUCCUUUCUCAAACAUCCGUGUCGAUACCUCUCACAUCAUCCGCCCGCCGCUGGUCGCUGCAGUCCCCAGCAGCUGACUCCCUAGCAAGCUCUCCCCGAUCUGCCUUCCGCACAUCUUCAAUCUUCGACCGUGUUGAUCGCGGAUACGAUUUCUCCCAACCUACCAGCCCUGAGAGCACCGUCUUUUCCUCACCAAUUAUCGGGGCACGUAAUAACAAGGGCUUCGAUAUGCCAUUCCGCCCACUAGCAGCGCUUGAUGAUCUUGAUUCCGCUGAUCAUGAUUCAUCCGAUUACUUCAAGAAAGACCAGUACGAGCGGCGCGAGUCUAUCGGUGUGUACGCUGAUGGCCUUGCAACACACCCAUCCAUCCCAGAAGAAUCAGAGCCAUCUCCGUCGAAAUCCUACUUCGAGCCUAUGGCACCCGACCCUGCACCAACUAGCGCAGAAGAAUUGUUUGCCAUGCAGUUCCCACCCUUGCGCAAAUCAACCUCGCAUGAUAGCUUGCUCUCAGUAGCCGGCAUGGAUAUCCACACGCCAAACGACCGUCUCUCCCGCAUGGGCGACUGGCACCCAGGCAUGCGUAUUCCACAGCGCAUUGUCUCGCCCAGCAUUGAGCUAGUCUCGACUCCGCCGGUUCUUUCAGCGCCAAUGAUAAUUGCAGACCGUGCCAGAGCACCCGGUCAAUCUUCCCGCUCUCUCCUCGAAUCUGUCGCUGCAGGCAACAAUCUCCCAUCUGAAUCAGCGUCCGUCGUCUCCGCAGAUAGCAACAGCACAAGCUCCACCGCGACGCCAGGAUCCCGCAAAUCGUCCACCUUAGGCCGGCGUAUGGGCGGCUGGGUACUCGGCCGAUGGGGCAUGGCUCCUGUUCCAGAUGAGGCAGUUGAAUCAGAAACUGAAACUGAGGCUCCGACCUUGACAUCCACAGUUCAGCCCAAGGCUGCGCCUCCUGAACCAAUGCCACCGCAAAUACGCUUUAGAUUCACAGGCGUGAAUCAGAAGGGUCCUAUUAUGGGCCUUCGUCUUCCACCACCGGCUCCAGUGAAUAUUCGGCCACAACAAAUCGACGAAGUGCUUCUGAGGGAGAGUCUUGCUGAGGGGGCCGAAUAG